UUAAAUUUUGCAUUUGAUGUCCUUUUUUCAGUUGCUGCAACCCCCUUGGGACAAAGCAAAUGCUCCUGGGGUCCAUCUUAUUGGUGCCAGAGCUACAAACAAGCUGUUGAGUGUAAAGCAUUGGAGCAUUGCCGCAGCAAAGUGUGGGCUGUCAAAGAUGAUGUAAUUAUUAUUUUGUUAAUAGCUGUACAGAUAAUGUUAUAGCUACAUUAAGCAUCUUGGCCGAAUGCUCGGCAAAGAGCAAUUAUGGGUAGAAAGUGAGUUUGAUCCAAAGUUUUAAAAAAAGAACAGUCUUGUUAUUCCAUAUCUGUGUUAACUGGGCUGGUUGGAGGAAGUUUCAUCUCAGGAUAAAGAAGAAAAUUAUUGUAUUUCUGUUUUAAAUUAAAGAGUUACAGUAAUUACUGGCAUAUUACUUUACUGUGAGGAGCAAGCCAAGAAGGUGUGUGAUGUCUAAACUGCAAUUAGCAGUGUAUGUACCGUUUAUUUAGUGGUUUUGUGCUUUGCUCUGCUUGUCUUAUUAUGAAAUGGUCAUAAAACACCCUUUUCUAAGACUGGCAACUAAAGAACUAGUGCAUUUUGACUUUUGAAAUGAUUAGUUGGCUGUAAAGAAACCUGUUUUACCUCAAGGUGGUCCUUGGUCAAAUUUUUUUACCUUCUUAAAAGUUGCAGUAUGUUAUUAACCUUGAUGAUACAGUUGACUCCUGAUAACUCAAACCCUCGCUAACUCGAACCUCGUCCUAACUCGAACCAAAAUUGAUUUUCCCUUGAUUUCCUUCCUACAUUUACUGUAAUUUUACCCUCAGUAACUAGAACCCUCAAUGACUCGAACCUCCUGCUAACUUGAAGUAAAUUUUGUUUCCCUUCAGCUCAUUUCUAUACAUUUUUACCCUUGACAACUCGAACCAUGUUAUUAGUGCGUGACAAGUCGGGGAAAAAACGUGUACUGAAGUCCAAAAUAUUGAAUUAAUUUAAAAACAACCGAGUCAAUUCUUUGUCUUUAUUUUUUUGUCACUCCAGUUCAAAUUCAGUGUCCAUUCCUGUAUACUUUGUUGCUUAAUUGCCUUUCCUUCCCAUCUGUUUGCUUGUUUCCAUACUUCCAGUGAUUUGCUUCAAACUCCCGAUAACUUAACCUUUUUUCGAUUUCCCUUAAAGGUUCAAGUUAUCGGGAGUCAACUGUGCUUAUGACAUUUUCAUUUCGUGCAAAACGUGGCAGCACUAUAUAGCUAGUUGGCCUUGCUAGACUUAUUUAAUUACAGAUUCAUCACAAUUUUGUAAGAAUGCCAAGCCUUUCUAUUUUUUUCAUUUUAGACUGCAUGCGAGAUCUGUGAACUGGUCAUACCUCAAAUCAAAGAAUUCUUAUCACAAAAUGCCACCCAGGUAACUGUUUUAGUCUAUUUACUUUCACUUUUCAUAUUUAGUUAAAGUGUAAUUGUAAAUAACUUAAUGGUGUUUUCAUUUCCUGCAAUACAGAGAUUAUAAGACAAUGUAUGUUUAUUCAACAGUUUAUUUUGUAUGUAAUUGCAGGAAGAGGUAAUAUCUGUGUUGGAGAAAACUUGUGAUGACCUUGGACCNUUUUUUUCAUUUUAGACUGCAUGCGAGAUCUGUGAACUGGUCAUACCUCAAAUCAAAGAAUUCUUAUCACAAAAUGCCACCCAGGUAACUGUUUUAGUCUAUUUACUUUCACUUUUCAUAUUUAGUUAAAGUGUAAUUGUAAAUAACUUAAUGGUGUUUUCAUUUCCUGCAAUACAGAGAUUAUAAGACAAUGUAUGUUUAUUCAACAGUUUAUUUUGUAUGUAAUUGCAGGAAGAGGUAAUAUCUGUGUUGGAGAAAACUUGUGAUGACCUUGGACCUGAACUUUCAGGAAUGGUAAUCGAGUAUCUUACCAUGUUUAACUAAUCUUUAACCCUUUCUCCCAAGUCAAGAUCGCAUUAUGGUGGCACUAUUAUUAAGUCAGUCAAACUUUUAAAUUUGUGGAUAAAAUCCAUGGGUGUUGCCUAUUUAUUAAAGCAACCUCUUUGGGCGAACAUUUGCACAGUGCUAUUUACUUCUUUGGAUUUUAGAAAUUCACUGUUAAGAUUGAAAGGGUUGAAAUGGUGCUGGACCUAAGUUAGGAUAUUUGCGAUAAUUUUAUAACCAAGGUGGUCCCUCUUUGCUGCACACAUGAUCAUCAUAUAUAAAGCUGGUCUUGCGGGUCUAGAUGCGCCCAUGUUGAGGUCUUUGUACAUGCUAUUAUCUUUUUAGUUAUACCCAUUUGUAAAUGAGACCUGCAACUUGUUAGAUUUAUAACAAUGACAGUAUAUGUACAUGUACCUUGACACGUGCAGUGUGGAACAAGGGUGUAUUAGUGGCAAGAGCACUCAGCAGUGAGAUCCGCUUUUAAUUCCCUGAUGCAACCCCACAUGUGGUUUUAGUUUGUUGUUAGUUCUCUCCUUUGUGUUCAGAGGUUUCUUUCUGGGUAAUCCAAAUUUUUCAAAACAUCUCAUUUUUGCUAUUUUGAAUACAUAGUGUUUCAUGACUUAUAAUUUUUUGUUAAUAAAUUAACACAUAGAGCAGGUACAUCAUAGUUGUACAUAACUGAUUAUUUUUGUUGUUGUUUAUUUUUUUUAGUGCAAGUCUCUGGUAGAUCAAUAUGAGCCUGUGAUAAUGAAAAAUCUUCUUGCCCUGAUGGUGAGUAUUAUCACUGAGAAUAUUUAAAGGGUUCAGGGCAUAAGUACUUACAGGCCCAUGCUAUGACUCAAUCCAGAUUUGAUGAUGAUUGUAAACAGAAACCCACAAUAACUGAAUGAAGGGCCCAGGUACGCAGAAAGUGUGUAAGUGAUUCUAAUCCACAAAUCAUUUUUGGAAGACAUGCUCAAUAUAACGUUGCUGUGAGUCUGAAAACGGAACUCACAUGUCAAAUUGUAAUUAUCAUCAGCACUUCACAAAUGUGACCUUCUCCAGGGAAACGUACCCUGAUGCAAAAACUAAACGGGAAAAAACUAAUGGCUAAUGAACGGCUUGUUAGUGGCUCUUCAAAGCAUUUUAUUGGGUGAGCGAAAAUUUCUAACGGCUUUGGAAAGCAUUUGAACGGAUUGAUUUUCCAAACGGUUUGCUUAACGUGUAGACUAAACAACAUGUUCUUUGUGAUUUUAAGUAAUCUCUCUAUCUGUUUGUCUCAAAUCAAUGCAUUGUCAGGCUUGAGGCUUGAACCUUAAGAAUUAGGUGUAAUGAUGAACAAAACUUACCGUGGCUCAUGCUUCAAACUUCUGAGCAGCGAACAAAAUUCUAACAACUUCUCUCAACUCAAACGACUUUUUCUAAUGCCUUGAAUGGUUUUCCUAAUGCUUUUAACGGCAGGUUAAAAAAUUGUAACAGUUUUUCAAACCCCUUCAAUGAUUUCCAAAACUGGUUUAACGCUUAUCUAAUGAGUUGUAAACGCUUUUAGCCGUUAAACGGAAAAGCAAUAGUUUAUGUUUUCCCGGAAAGGUCACAAAUAUGUCAGAAGCCAUCUUCAUGAAGUCCUUAAGGACCUUGGUUCUUAAGAGAGUGGUGAGAAAACUUGCUUUCCAUUGAUGUAGCAAGGGUUUGGAUCCUGGCCCGGGUAACAGUCUUAAAAGAGGUUUUUAUCCGGGCUCUCCAUUUUUUCCCUCUCCUCAAAACCAACAUUUCUAAAUUCCAGUUUGAUCCAGACUAUUACAAAUAUAGAGCUGGUUUAUGGAUGCCCUACCAAUGAUAUAAUUUUUUUAUUUUCCAUAUAAUUUUAUUGAAUUUUAUGGUAUGAUAUUUUUCUCCUUUAUUUUUAGGCAGAUCCCCAGCAAGCCUGCACAGCUUUGGGGCUUUGCCAAUCCAAGCAGAAGAAGGUCAUUGCUGCGAAACUUAUCAUGAGUACUUUACCGCUGGCGAAAAACUUCCUGUCUUCAAAACCUAAAAAAGCCAUCCUCAAGUCAAAGCCUUACAAGGCUUCUCCUCUGUGCGUGCUCUGCGAGUUUGUGAUGACUGAACUCAAGACCUUGCUUAGCGAAAAUGCAACACAAGUAAUUAUAAAUUUUGUUUUGAAUAAAAACAAAAAUAUUGAUUGGUUAUUUUUGAUUAUUUUUAAUGAGGCAUUUUCUGUUGUUCCCACCUGUGCAAAUUUCUUCAUAGGUGUCAUAAAAUAGGAUAUAAACUUGCCAACCCAGUUUUAGAUGUUACAAGUCAAAUAUGCUGACCUCAGGUUAAAAUGUUUAACCUUAGUAGGUUGAUUCUUAAUUUCCUUUGUGUCCUAUAGCUAGAAAACAAAGGAAAUUGAGAAUCAACCUACAAUAGAUUUAAGCUAAUUAUUAGCUUAAAUCAAAAUUAACCUGCAACUAAGACAACUUCUAUGGUCAAUGAUGUCAUGGGCAUUACCCCCCUGAGAUUGACGGCAAUUAAAAACUACCUUCACACAGCAUAAUUUGUACCUAAAAAGGGCAACUUUGUUCUCACUUCAUUUUGCAAAAAUGGAAUGUGUGUUGUAGUGAAUAAUUUUCAUCAGUUGUUUCCUUUUAACUGGGACCAUGAUGUGCAAGAUGAGUUGGAAAAGUCCUUAUUUUGCUUUUAAUAAAUAUAUUUCUUGAAUAAUAUUAUCGCAUGUUUUAGUUCUAGAGUCACCCUCACCCAUACCCUAACACCUGGUUAAACCUUUUGCCUAGUUUAAAAGAUUUAUUAGUUAAAAUUGAAAUGUACUGCUACACAAAAAAACUUCAUUACCUAAUGGGGACAAACAGGUCUUCUUAAAUUUAGACUAGUGCAGCAUGGACUGUUUCUUUAGGCGUUAAAUUUCAGAGAUUUUAAACAUGAGUAAUAAUGAGAUGUUUCGUGGCUCUUAGGAGCCACAGAUUUGUCAUUCAUAAGACUGGCACGCGUUUACUUUCUUGUUCAAUUUGCAAAGUCAAUAAUGUGCUUUAUUUUGUUUAUUUUGCAGGAAGAAAUAAAGGAGGCGUUGGAAGAGGUUUGCAGUUUGCUUCCUUCCACUAUACAAAGUGAGGUAAAUGUAUGAAAGAUUUAUUUUUGGUUGUGUGGUUUUGUUUUUCAUGGUUUUCUUCUGCACCAUCUGAUUUAUCUUAGUUAAUCACUUUUUUGCUCAAUAUGUUGUAGAUUUUAGUUCAUGUAGUUACUAGUUGAUAUGUUUCAUAAAUAUUAGUACAGUUCAGUUUUUGUGGAGGAAUUGAGUAUUUUUUGCAGCAUAAGGGUAAUUCAGCUUUUGGCCUGCCAUGCUGAUUCCAGUGAACAUCCCUAUUUAUCUACCCCACCUCCCCCAUUUGUUAUUAGUGAAUUUCUAUAACAGGAUGGGAGAAGAAAGAAGAUGGCAAACCUUGUGUGACAAGCAUGACAAUAAUUUGUUGAAAAAAAAUUCACCUUCCUUUAAACAGAUCUUUUUGUAAAAGACCAGAAAAUAUUAAGUGUUGAUUAUGACAAAACACGCAAGUUAUAGCCCUAUCAUGUUCCUUUGCCAUCCUCUUUUCUCCUGCUGUCUUGUUGUGUAAACUCACUUUUGCAUAAUGAGGCCCUCUUGGGGAAGUAAGUAUGUCCCUUGUUUGAAUUUGAAUUUCAAUGAUAUAUCCCUGUCAGUAUUUAAUACAUCUGUAUGUGGUUUAUCGCUUAAGGUAUCUGCACAGGCAAAUUUUGCACAUUUUUGCAUCAUUUUUAGUGGUUGUUUUAUGGAUAAUAUCUAUAUGUCACUACAUUGACAGUGUUCCUCAGUUCUUGAGGAACUAGAAUAUAUCAAAAUAAACUAUGUUAUGUCACCCAAAAGGUGUUAAUUUAAUUACCCCCUAGGGUGGCACGGAAAGAGAAAAAUCAAAAUUUCAGAAGAAUCCUUAGAGUUAUUGUUAAAAAAGAAAUGUAACACAAAUAAGGACGUAAGAUAGAAUAAUUCUGUGUUUGACCACGACACAGCUCCAAUUAAUCCAGCCUCUAGGGCACAAUUUGCUAUUUUGUAAUUUGACCCGUAUUUUGCAUCAAUAACUCAGCGGUACAGCAAUUCUAACCUUUAGUCAAACACAGAUCUGUUCAUUAACAUGCUGUUUGUGUAUUUGCCAAAUUUCACGAAGUAAUAAUGAUCCAUUCCUCCAAAAAACUGGUUCCCGUAAGUCAAGGUAAAUCGGUCACGCGGUAAUUAACGCUUUUCCAGUGUGAAAAAGCUUAUUUUCUUCUCAAAAUCAACUGUUUUUCCUCGAUACUACCAUCACAGACCUUCUUGCCCGCCAUUUUGAAUCACCGCUGUGUAAAAUGCUCGUGGAAGCCUAAGAAAAUGCCAAAUGACCUCUCUAUAGCCCCCUUGGAUUUUGAUACGUGACCAGUUGCUAGGUGUGACUCAUUUCCGGAAGAUGCGUUACUCAGUGUCAGCUUUAAUGCAGUGAAGCGCGCCGAAGUAUGAAGAUUGAAGAAGAGUUUUAUUCAAAAUUGAAAAGAAUUGCUUCUGUAAAGUGAAAGAAAUUGGCAGAAAAACAGACCAGAGGAUUAGGGGCCAAGAAAACGUUUUACUCUCCCGGCAAAAUUGUCAGAAAAUAUCAGGUGAGAAGACACACCGAUGUAAUGUAAAUUUAAAACAAUAAUAAGCCCUGGAAAACGGAGUGUAUUUCAAGAACAUAACAAAUUUUGACAAGAAGCAAGUAAUAUUAGUCAUCACAGCUUUAACAGAAGCAAGAAAAAUCAAGUUGGACACACAGCGGCUGUAGUUUGUCAAUGAAUCCAAGCAGUGAAUAGAUUUUGUUCAGCGCAUCAAUAGAACUUGAUGCUGGAAAGAGGAGUCAAAUUGCGCUCCUGCCGUCCUUUUCCUUAGUAACGGAAAUGAAAAUUUUUCUUUAACUUCCGGUAAAUCAGUCAACUUUUGAGUAGAUUUUCUCUUAAAUGCCAAGGUAUAUUCAAAAAAGAACACCAGAUAUGCAUAUUACAUCAUCUGAACUUACUGUAGAAAGAUUUUGAGGGCAAAAUAAAAUGUUGAAAAUUUGCCUGUGCAAAUACCUUAACAGGGUCUCUAUAAUUUAAUGUAGUGGCAGACCUCAGGAGACAGAUAACAACUCUUAGAGAAAAAGGGGGUGAAAAUUAGUUGAUAAUCGGUAAACUGGAUUAGCAGAAAAGAGAAAUAGAGGUCAUGAUGAGGACAAGUCAUCAAUGCUAGAAAUGGAGGGGGAGGUGAUUACAAGUUAACAAUGCUGUCACUUCUUGAAAAUGCCAUUCAGAUAGAAAAGAUGUGUUAUAGGAAGGGUUUCCUUGAUAACUGCGCCAUAAUACUGUGUUCUUUUUCUCCACAGUGCAAACAAUUUGUGGAGCAGUAUGAACAAGCCAUUAUUGAAAUCCUGGUUCAAGAACUUGAUCCAUCCAUGGUUUGUACAGCUCUUAACCUUUGUGCAUCAAAGAAACACCAGAAAGGUAAAGGAUGGCAAUGUUCUGUCAUUAAAAUGACGAGCCACCUGAGAUAAAGCUGUGAUGAUAUGAUGAUUUAAACACUUUGUACUCUGUCUUAAAUCUGAAGGGUCCCAGAUUGAGGCCUUGUCCUUGAAGUUUUUUAAAAGAUUUUUAUGUCUGUUAUCUGUAGAAAUAGGGAAGACUUUAUAGGAAGAUUUUGUUUAGAUUUUCCGUUGUAUGGAAUUGUUUUUAUUAUCAAACAGCCUACACUGGUCUAUGUAAUCAAACAUAGCUAAGACAUAGACUAUCCAACACAGUAAAGACGGUAAUGACAUUGACAUUAAGGUUGUAGUGGUGAAAUUAUUACUCAAAUCCUCGAUUUAUCACGAUUAUGACCUUUUGGUUCGAUUCAUGAUUCUUUGCUUCCAAGUUUCGAUUUUGGUUCGAUUUUUGCAGACCCUUUUCAGGGUGCCCUAAGUGAGUUAUUACAUUGUAAAAUCAGAGUCAAGAACUCUUUAAAAUGUGCCUUUUUGAUUGAUGAGCAAAGACGAUUGCAGUUCAUGCAUCGUUUUGUCUUGCGUGGUUAUAACGUUGUCCUUCAACAACCCCUUGAGAAUUUGCAAAUAAGGCAAACCACAUGCAAUACGCUCUUUGUCAGGUUCUCAAACAUGGCGACGAACGACUAAGCAACCGUGAAUCCUCCUGUCCCUUUUACUAUUCUCAAAUUGAGGGUUUAGAGUUGCAUGUUGUUUACAUUAUGCAUUAUAUUAUAAGAAUUAAGAAACAUUAAUAAUUUACGUAAUCAAAUUGAAAUAAUCAAAAUCAAAUGGAAUCGCAGGGAACAUGAAUUGUUACACCCCUAGAAGGUUAUGCACUUGUGUGCUUCUACACAGAGACGCUUAUCUUUAUUACAUGUUGUCUGUGACCUCCCUCUUCCCUGACAUGUGUGGGAUCAUCACGCCUGCAUAUGUUCUUGGGUUACAGAACCUUCUAAUUGCUUCAGGCCACAGAACAUAGCUGAAUAUUGGAGAUAUAAGGCAAUAGUUGUGUUCAUCAACUGGGGUCUUGUUUUGAUCUUUCAGCAAUGGAGAAGCCUGUGGCUCUUGCUGUUGGAAGUAAUGAGACUUGUGAAAUCUGUGAAACUGUCAUGACAUAUCUGAAGAAUGCGCUUGCUGACAAUGCCACCAAGGUAACUUGUAAAGCUUGGCUUUCGUUAUCAGUGUUUCAAUAGGCCAUUUGCAUGAUAGCUUCAUUUUACUACUACGACCAGAAUCCUUCGCGUUUUUCCUUUCUUGUGCAAAUUAUCGCCUUUGUUAGUUAAACCUCGCUGGGAUUACCAAAUUUAAAUGUGAAAGGAAAAACGAAAAGAAUUCUGGUCUUAGAAGUAAAAUGACACCAUCUUGCAAAUGGCCUAUUCUUCCAUUCAAGAGAUUGAUUACUGGUAUAUAUAUUUGCCAAGUUUAUAUUUUGAUUGUUUGUUAUUGUUGUUUUUUCAAGUUUUCUAAGUUAAGCUGGGGUGUAGGUAGUAUAGUACCCUGUGAGCAGAGCUUUAUCUCUUGCAUGGUGUUUAUUGUUUACAAAGUCGUUUGCAUCGCUGGUCAGUCGCAUUGUGCUAAUAAGCAACGUUAAUGACUUUGUAAAUGCUAAACGCCAUGCAAGAGAGAAAGCUCUGCUUGCAGGGUAGUGGAAUAGGCACCAUUGCACUAUUAAAAUAUCAUUGGAUUCACUUGUUUGUUCUCCUUUGUUUUCUAUUAGGAAGAGAUCCUUAGUCUUAUGAAAGCGGUUUGCAACUACUUGCCAUCCCAGAUUGCUUCGGAGGUAAUUUUGAUUUGAUAUCAUCUACACUAACUUGUGAACUGAUGAAAACAACAACUUUAUUCUUUGUACAAAAAUACAAAACUUGAAUAGCUUGCCCCGCAAAUAGCUGGAAAGCUAGUCUGGCGGGGCAAGACAAGUACAUCAAUAACACAAUUACCUAGUAAAACAGAAACCCUAAACUAUUAGAAAGCCUUGCAGAUUGCAACUAAAAAUAAAUAAAACACAGAAGUUAAGUGAUCUAAUUGACACAUGUUGAUUCUUUGACAGGUCGUCAUUCUUUAAUUCUUCAAUUUCAUUACGCAAAGCUUGAUUUUCCUUUGAUUCUUUCCUGAGUGGUUUUCAGAAUAUGCGUUUUCAGGAUAAGAGAAGAAUUUGUGAAUUAAGAUCGGAGUGCACAAAAACACGUCUUCACAGCUCUGUGCUUACCUGGGGCUUGCUUGAAAAUAAAAUACAAUGAUUGAUUAAUUUGAUUAUUAAAACUAUUUAUUUGUCAUUUUAUUAGUGCAGUGCUAUUGUCUCAGAGUAUGGUGAAGCCAUUCUGGAUCUGAUUGCCGACUCUGAUCCUCACGCUUUGUGCAAGGUAUCAGUAUUGUUUUCUUUAUCUGCACCGCAGUAGAAUACUCUUUACAGCGAUGGAUCCAGCAGGAGUUCCAGAUGUCCUUAACCCUGUCAUCUCCAAAAGUGAUCAAAGUCAAACUGCAAUAAAACUUCCAAAUUUCAUUUUGUAAAAAUGCUGACAAAUAACACCAUGUGAGAGAAUUGGCAAAGAGGCUUUGUUUGUAUGGUCAUACCACAGGAUUUCAUCCAGAGACUCAAAAAUUAGAACCACUGGACAAGAUUCCGUCUUUCAAUCUCAGCUAGGGUGAAAGGGUUAAUUUUGAGAUUGUACCUAUCAGACUUGUUCCAGGGUAUGUUUUGGAAAUUGACCAAAGGUAGAUUAUGUUUUAAUGAGUACGGAAAACAAAAAGAGAGUGCAAAAAAUUCCUUCAUUGCACAGAAAAUUCACACUUAAUCGUAGGCUGCAUUAUGCAUCUGGGCCCAGGGCGUUUUUGCUUAGAUCAUGGUAUGCUUCAGAGUGAAAAUUUUCUGCAAUCAUUCUGUUUGAUUACAAGGAUUUUUUUUCCACACAGUCAAAGAUAACUCGACCAAAACAAACAUCGCAAAAAAAGAUACCUUGAAACAUAAAAACAUUUGUAGAAAAUUUCUACUUAAUCUCAAGUGGCUUUACUGUUGUAACCACACCCUAUGCAAAAUUCAUGAAGCCAUCCUAAAUUAUGGUAAUCUUAAGUAAAGUCUCACAACAAUUAACAAAAUGUCCAACGUAUAGUACAGGACAUAGGAGUUGCAGCAUUUCACCUGUUUUGUAAAUCUGCCGUAUUGCACGCAAAUUGCACGAGAAAUACACGCGCGAAACACGCGUGUAAAAAAAUAAACGUAUAAAUAUUCGAGAAAAUACUUGCCUUAUUUACUUGUAAAAUUGUACGUGCGCAUAUUAUGGCUAAGUUAAAGAGGUCCUCUUAAUUAUUUCAAAUCAGACAAUAGUACGACAGCAUAGUAUAGGGAAUUGUAAUACACGAUGUGCGAGAAAAAAAAUGAAAUUAGUAGAACGUUAGCAAUGUCAGGUUGUUUUAAGGAAAGAGGCUGUUACAGUUGAAGGUGGAUUGCCAAGCGAAAACUUAAAAAUUUGUUUAACAUCCAUUUGGCUCAUUGUAAAAAACAGAGUUAACAGAUGUCAUUUCAUAUUUACUUUUCAGGAAAUCGGUCUGUGUGAUUCAGCUGUUGUAAAGAAGAAGGGCGGUGACUUCUGUUUCCUUGGUGCAUCAUUCUGGUGUGCUAGUAAGCAGAAUGCCAUCAACUGCAAUGUUAGUUAA